AUGUUUGACAACUUUGAGCCUUUCGCAAUCAAGACAAAGUCCAACCCGGACAUCACCAUCAACGGCUUGAAAAGCGGCGAGCCCUCAUCUAAGCCCGCUCUUCUUCUCAUUCAUGGCUUUCCUCAAACACUCCAUAUCUGGCAUCGUGUCGCGCCUCAAGUUCUCGACAAGUACAACGUGGUGCUGAUUGACAUCCGAGGUUACGGAAAGUCAUCCAAGCCUGAACAUGUAGCUUCAUAUGCAAAGAGCGCUAUGGCUAGGGACUGCGUCGAUGUCAUGGAUGCUCUCGGCCAUACUGGAUCUUUCUUUGUCUGCGCUCAUGAUCGCGGUGCCAGAGUCGCGCAUAAACUCGCUGUCGAUUACCCUGAUCGCAUUCGCAAGUUCAUACUACUUGACAUCUGUCCUACACUGGCGAUGUACACCAAGACGGAUUUCGACUUUGCCAAAGCAUACUUCCAUUGGUUUUUCCUCAUUCAGAAAGAACCUCUUCCUGAAACUCUUAUCACUGCGAAGCCUAGAGAGUUAGCAGAGAUGUUCAUGGGCGGCCGCCAAGGCGAUGGGUUAUCCAUCUUUGAGCCAGAGUGUUUUGAGAUCUAUACCAAGAAUUUGGAAGAUCCUGCGACGGUUCAUGCCAUGUGCAAUGAUUAUCGCGCGAGCGCGACGGUCGAUCUGGAAGAAGCGCGUGAGGAUCUGAAGCAAGGUCGAAGGAUUCAGAGCCCCUUGCUUGUGCUAUGGGGAAAGCAUGGGGUCAUUGAGAAGUGCUUUGAUGCUGUGAAGGAGUGGAAGGACGUUGCUGAUCCUGGUGUGCUGGUUGAAGGUCGCAGUGUUGAGUCGGGACACUAUGUUCCGGAGCAGGCGCCCGAUGUUGUAGUCUCCGCGAUUCUAGAAUUCCUCAAUUGA